UUUAUUUGAUUGGAUAGCUUGGAUGUUUCAAUAUAAGUGUUUUACUUCACUAAGUUUUGAUGACAUUUACAAUAACGUAAUUAUUUAAAUACAGCGAAACAUGUGUAAGAGUGGCCCAAAGUGUAAUUGUGUUCCGAGUUAUUACUUUUAUUGUAAAAUAAUGCGAUAAUUAUGUAGUGGAUAGAAAAAUCAAUUCCUAUGUGCAACAAAAUAUCAGGUUGAAGAAUGCUGCAAGAUCAGACCUAACUUCCUACUAUAAAAAAUCAUGCUCAUUUUACCACCAAGGAAGUAAUGCCCAACAUGCUGUCAGUUCUGGAAGAAGAAUCAGAUAUAUAUGAGGUAUUUCCACCUCAUGUUGACACGAGUAGUAUUCCUAUCCUAACGGAUAGUCCGACAAAAAAGCCUGCUCUCAAGACUUACAACGAACUUUAUGGCCUCCUGCAGUCAGGAAGAAAACGUGAAGUGAAGCAAAUAAUUAGAGAUAAUGCCUGGCCAAUAAAUAGUACCAUCCGUUCCCAAUUGUGGCCAGUUCUCUGUCAGCAACAUGCACAUGACAAAUCCAUCCUUGAAGGCUUCUAUUGGGAUAUGGUCAACCAAAUAUUUGGCACAACAGAACUUCCUGACAAACCUAUUCUCCUGCCACAAUUUGUGGAGAGUGGGCACUGUAUUGGAUACCAUUUGACCCGGAAAGGUAGAAUUGUUGCUGACAGAGUAGUGUGUGUGCUUGGAUAUGCUCACCCUGAAAUCACAUAUAGUCCAGCGAUGUACCCAGUUACAUCCAUCCUCCUUCAUUACAUGACAGAGGAAGAAUGCUAUAACUGCAUGGCAAGCCUUAUAGCUGCCAAAGAUAAGAUGUUCACCCAGACGAAGCAGCUGUAUGAAGUAACUUGGAGAACAGUAAUGCAGAUCACCAAGAAGCAUGUGAAAUCAGCUGCAGUACAUGUGGCACGACAUUGCCCCAGUACUCGCACUGAACGCAUAUUCAUGGACUGGCUGUGGUGGAUCCUACAGGGACUGCCCUUUACUCAUUUGGUUCGGGUGAUGGACUGUUUCUUCAAUGAAGGAAUAAAGGUUCUUUAUCGUGUUGCCAUGGCUAUAUUGUUGCUGUUCUACAAGCACUCAGCACCUCAACAUUCUGAGUGGAUGAAUGACAUUUUAACAAGUGGAAUUGACUCUGCUCUCACCAAGUUCUGCAAACAAAUCCCGGUGACAUCUACAAAACUCCUGCGGACAGCAUUUGGCAUUCGAGCACUAAGUUCAGCAUAUAUCGCAAGAGUUUUUGUUAAAACAAAGAUGUUGCUGAAGAGUCGAACUGAAUUGAGUUGCUCCCGACAACUUGUGAGAUCUCGCUCUAGUGACAACCUUCCUACAAGUCAGUCACAAGUCAAUAUCCAGAUGAUGUCCCACACACUUACCAUCAGAGAGGGAUCUCAUUCUCCUGGUGCUCGGGCCCCUUCCAUGGGACCUUAUCCCAUACAUAUCAUCAGGUCUCAAGUGGUAGAUCAAGAGGAACUGUUUACAUUGUGGACUUGGCUGCCAGUGAGAAUCACCAUGUACCAACCUGUCCUCCUCUACACUACUGAGGAACAUGGCUGCAGCCUGACGACCUUUUAUGUUCGUGUAGAGCAGCACGAACCAACUCUGCUGAUGAUCAAGACGUGCAACAAUGAGGUGUUCGGAGCAUAUUGUUCAACACGAUGGUAUGAAAGAAAUGUGAAAGAUGAUCAUGGGAACCGACAGACGUAUUUUGGAACUGGGGAGACAUUUCUCUUCAGCCUGUACCCAGAAAGAGCAAAGUAUCCUUGGGUGGGUAUGGACUCUGCUCAAGGUGAUCCUACUCUUAGUCAUUCAGCUGAGCUAUUUAUGGCGGCUGACUCCAAGAUGAUUACAAUUGGUGGUGGAGAAGGACAGGCCAUCUGGAUGGAUGAGAACAUUCGGUAUGGCAAGACAGACCGAUGUUUGACAUUCAACAACCCACCACUCUGCGAAAGUGGAGAUUUUGAGAUCAGAGUCCUUGAGGUUUAUGGCUUUAAUGGAGCCUAAUUUAAUUUGCUCCUCAUUCGUGGAUUUGUUCACAUUUUCAUGCAUUCAUUUAUAUGCGCUGAUGCACAUAUACUCAUGUCAUAUAAAUUAGAUUCUGAUCUCAGGUCAAAAUGUAAGUAGAGAAAAUACAAACUUUAACUGAAGCUCUGCAUUCCAAACAGCGUAUGAGUUGUAACAUAUUUCUUAUUGCAUAAUCUUCUUAUGCCAUAGCACAGUUGGAUUAUAGAUGUUUCCAUUUCCUUAUGUGCCAACAUUUUGCAGUUUGUUGUAAAAAUAAUGUCUGAUAGUGAUAGCAAAUCAAAGAAACUAUUAUUAGUGUUAUUAUAUAAUAUUGUUAAUAACAACAGUAAUGGCACAAUGCCACAUGAGCUUAAGAUACUAUGACACCUCUGGACUGGACUGCAAAAGGUCAUAUCUUGUUGAAAUAUGUCAUGUGGACUGUAAAAGCCAAAAUAUAAGAGAUUUUUUUAACAUUAGCCAGGUUUUUAUCAUUGUAUUGCCACAGUUGACACUUUUCCACAUGAAAUAUGAUUAAAUGUUAGUAACACCAUCUUCUGUAAAUAUGCAGCGGACAGAAUAAUUUUUCUAUGGUCACUUCUUUUAUGAUGGUUGAAAUUUUAUUGGUAGAAUUAACAGAAACAGUUGUCCACAAACAAUUGAAAUAAAUUUGUUUAUAAUAAUUUUCUUCCUCAUAAACUUACCAUGCUAAACAAUAUUGGAUUCAGUCAUUGGUUACAACAUAAAAUAAUUGUUUCUAGUUCUUACAAGAACCAGUUUAGCUUUUUGAAAGAAGAGAAUCCUGCUAACAAGUUGUAUGGGAGAAUGUCUUUAAGAACUUUCCCGUCUUGGUAAGUCGUAGGCAUGUUCACAAGCCUCUUUGGCACCUGUUAAAAUUGCGCUGUCCGUCCUUAUGUCUGUUCACAUCCGUGAAACAUGUUGUGGGAAUAGAUAAACCAAUUCUGAUUAUAUUUUGUGUUGGAGAAUUUUAUGAAAAAUUGUCAGGCCAUUAAAUAUUUAUUUAGGUCAGGCAAUUUUAAUGACCACUUUAUGUAAGAGCAUAAUGUUCACUUGUAGUCUCAUCACAGUAAGUCAUUCUGCACACAAACAAGUCCUACAGUUGUUUCAUAAGAAGAUCACAAUUAAGAGAGAAAAAGGAAGUUAAGUCUUGAUUGUAUUUAGACUGUUGAAAUGAGACGUUUUAUUAUGUUAUUUUAGUGCUCUAUUACAAUGAACUUCAAAGCAUAUAUUAAACAUGUUAUAUACUUUUAAUUUUUUUCUCUUUGUGUGUGUAAUAACAGUGAAAAGUGAAGACUUUUAGAUAGUUUCUCGAUUUUUGAGAGGCAAAGUAAACAAAAGAAUGGUAGGGAGGGUCAGUCAGUGUGGAAGGCAGUUACUGAAACAGAACCUAAACACAGUACUUUAAUUAUUUUAAAUACUAAAUUUACCUGAAUAUAAGACAACCCCCCUUUACAAUCUUCAGGAAAAUACCAAUACUCACGUCAGUCAGAUUUUCGUGCCACUCGUAAGAAUUGCGAUUUUGUCAAAGAAUUGCAUCGUAUUUAAAAAUGAUUGUCAUUAUGAACUGUGGGAAGUAGAGAAACAGUUAUCAAAAUUAAAAAGGUUUUGCAAAGUCAUAGCAGUUCCAGUAUUCAUAUUAUUUUUCAGAAUUGAAAUGGCAUUAUUUACAUCAAUUAUUGUCAGAGCAAUUUGGUUGUGUCAUCUGUUAAAAUUGAAAAUAUUGUGCGUGUUUGUUUUAGUUGGAAAUUUUGCCUUUGUUUUUUUCAUAAAGUGAUCAAAGUACUUAGAAUAUCAUGUUAUUGAUAAAUGCUCAGCUGUGAUUUUCUUUAUAACUCUGAAUAUGAACAAAGCAAAUUCAUCACUACAAAUAGAUUAUAAAGUCUGAUCAUGCAACCCUAGAAAUCUCCCACGUAGUUAUUAUUACGUAAAGAAAGUAUGGCAGUUGGUUUGAUUAUUCAUACUUCUAAGAGUUAAAGAAAGUCUUUAAAAAUAAGAUGCAUCGUCAUCUUGACAUUGACUACUACCCAGUCUAGAAACAUUUCACACUACUACUACUAAAGAAAGUAUUUGUCUAUUCACGGAUGUUGCCAUACAUGACAUCGCGUGGUAAGAGAUAAAGCAAAAAAGGUGACACAAGGAAACAGCUGUAAAACCCAGCCAAAAAAAAAUUCACAGUACUACUAAUAACAAAAACAUUCACCCUGUUUGUCAAACUUAUGUGAUUGUAAGAUGAUCCCCCAUUUAUUAGAUAAUGGAUUAGGAAAAAAUUCAUCUUAUAUCCAGGUAAAUAUUGUAUAUUUUAGUAACGAAUCUGUCUUUGAAGAUGGCU